UCCAUCCAGUUAUGGUCCAGUCAAUUCUAUUAUUAUUAUUACUACUACUACUACUACUACUAUUAUAUCUGAGGGAUUCUGGCCGCCUAUGGCGCCUGCGUCUGUUUCCUGAGCCUGGAAGGCAGCAAACGCGCGUCGUUGAUUUGCGCUGCCAAGAAGAGAAAGCUCUGAAACGAACAAAAGGCAAACGGCCCGCACAGAGCCAGCGAGAGAAGGAAGCACGCCCCGAACCCGUCCGGCCGCUUCGGGGAGGAGGAGGAGGAGGAGGAGGAGGAGGGUGUGUGCAGCGCCGAGAUCCCAAGCCUGUCGGGCCCUCCCCUCCCUACAGCCUGCCUCACUUCCCUUAUGGUGUCCAGCCCAGCACGCCCGGAAUAGCAGGUAGCACCAUGGAUGAGUAUAAAGGUAUGACGGACAAGGAACUUAUUGCACGAUUGAAGAAAUACAGCAUCCCCCAUGGGCCUGUUGUUGGAUCUACUCGGAAACUUUAUGAAAAGAAAGUCUAUGAAUAUGAGACUGAGCGGACCCAACAUCCUUCACCUGGAGGAUCAGUGCCCCACACAGAGCCAAGCACCAGCCAAAGCUAUGUAAAAGAGACCUUUGUGAGUCCACGAAACAGGGAAGACUUCAGCUAUGGAAGAGAAGCUCUUGGCUCCAGAAGGACUUACUUCAAAGAAUAUGUCCCAACAAGAGAUGAAUACUAUUCUGAGUAUAGAGAUGAAGAUCCCACUCCCACCAAGUCCUACCUGAGUUAUAAUUUCAGUUUGCCCCACCAUGAAGAACAUUCCACAUAUGCAUCAGAAGACAUGGAUGUCAACACUUCUGAGCCCUCCACAUCUUCCUACAGGACUUACUCAUCUUUAUUAAGCCAUACUACAUCUCCAGGGACAGUGAGUGCCCGCCAACCAAUUGCAGAGCCAUAUCCCUAUUCUUCCAGUGAGAAAGAUAUGCCAGCUGAGAGGGACAGUGGUUCCUACCAGAGCAUCUUCCAGCGGAAAUCACCUGGCUUGUCUUCGCUGAAUGUGCAGCCCCGCCGUGCCAUACAUCCAGAACGCCAGGCCCAGGCGGCGGUGAAGGCCCUGGGGAGCAGUGAGGACACCAAGCGAUACCUCCCCCUCUGGCCCCAGCUCCUGCUGUUUGGGCUGCUGGCUGCCUUUCUGGCCCUCAUCUACUUCUUACAGGGAGACACUGAUGAUAACCCCUUUGUCAAGUACUUUCGUCAGUGAAGCCUUGGCGCUUAUACUAAGCUGGCUCCCCAGGAGCCUAGGCCAGUCUUAGCUGACCUGGUCGGAUUGGUUUGGGAAUGUGGUUUCCAGCAGUCACAGCUCAUUAGUUGGGAUGCUGGAAUUUGCAGUCCUAACGCAGCCAGAGGGCAUCAUGAUGGUCAGGGAUGGCCUAGAACAGUGCUUUUUGUUUUUGUAGAAUGUUUUCUUGUUGUCAGUAAGUGCCUUCUUGUCAUUUAAAGGGAAAAA